AUGUAUCUGAUGCGACCGCGACGUCGUGGCAACAAGUCUUAUCGCCAAUAUCUCUUUUCUCUAGCCUUUUUCGACACUUUCACGCUGAUUGAACGCCAGUCUAAGAAGCCAUCGGUCCUGCAAUGUUGGCUCCUCUCUCUCUCUCUCUCUCUCUCUCUCUCUCUCUCUCUCUCUCUCUCUCACUCUAUGUCUGAGAUUGACAUCCUGUUGGUGAAUGAGAGAAACACAAGUCUUUACCGCUCCUUCUCCGAUAUCGGCUGCAGCACCUUCAAUUUCGUCAGCAACACAGCCACUCUCAUGUCGUCUUGGCUCAUUGUGCUCAUGUCUUUUGAAAGAGUGGUGGCCGUUUACUUCCCACUGAAAAGAUCAUCAUGGUGUCAGCCAAAGACAGCUAUCUACUCCAUUUUGAUUCUCUUCAUCCUGAUUGCUCUUUCGCAGGUUGGUAGCUUCCGCCAUGUCUUAAACAAAUACGCGAGUAAUAACGCAUGCGCACAGAUCUACAGAAACAGAACGCAUAUUCACAAAAUUUCCUUUUAA